UACUUGCAUAAUUUUUUUCUUACAUCUUAAUUCAGGUUCGAGAUUCUGAGACCACCAGACGGAUUAUGGGGAGUGGAACAGAUGAACAGUUCUUGGAAUGGAAUGCUCGGUAUGAUUCAGAGAAAGGAGGUAGACAUGGCGCUGGGUCCCUUCGCCAUAUCAUACCCUCGGACGAAAGUGGCUUCGUUUCCUCCCGCCCUCUUCGUCUUCCCCCACUGGCUCUUCUUGCCCAGACCCAGAGGAUCCUCAAAUCUCAGUGACUUCGUGAGGCUUUUCCAGCCAAUGGUAUGGUUCUCCAUUCUGGGCACUGGGCUAGUUGUGGUGAUCACUAUCUGGGUGGCAGCGAGGGUCGAAUCAACUUACAAACAAAAACCUACUGAGAGUGUAAACGUGGGCCUAAGCCAGCAGUCUGCUCAAAAACCGCCCACUCUGGGUAUUCUCCUGCUUCACGUCUGGGCUGUUCUUUACCAAAUGUCAAUUGAAUGGAAAAUGAUGGGGAUUUCCAAGAUCCUCAUGACACUCUGGUUCAUUGGGACAUUCAUCCUGAUGAGGAUUUACAGCAGUUUACUCAUGGCGAGUCUCACCGUUCCCUCGGUCCAAGUUCCCAUUCGCUCGGUGGAGGACCUAGUUUCUCAGACGGCAAUUCCAUGGAGGCUUGAACAAGGUGGAAUUAUCCUGCACACUUUCAAGACAGCUGACGUGAAGAUGUACAAAACACUGUUGGAGGGCAGUGCUGGAUUCUUCCCUGACUGCUAUGCUGCCCGUGAUGACAUUGCAAAAGGCCACUUUGCAGGUAUAUGUGACAGUCUGAGUGGGAACCUCAUGGUGGCUAAGACUUUUUCUGCAACAGCAAGAUGUGAUUACUUCACUCCCAGGGAAAAUAUUGUAACUCACUCCUACACCUUAGUUUUGCAGAGAAAUUCUCUUCUAAUGGAAAGUUUAAGAUUUUGGUUACAAGAAUUACAAGAGCAUGGAUGGAUUGAUCAUCUCAUCAACCAAGUGGUUAACAACGGAACCCAAUGCAAAUUACCUCCGGGAAGAGAGGAGGGCCAGCAACCAACAGCUCCCCUCAAUAUCAGACAGUUGUGGGGGGCAUUUGCAAUACUUGCCUCAGGAAUAUGUGGUGCUGCUGUAGCAUUUUUGGUUGAAUUCUGUGCUCAAAGGAUGAACUAAUAUCUCUUGGAAAACAAAUACCUGUGAAACUACUUCAAUAAAUUUAUUCAGAAGCA